UACACUCAUAGCACUGGCACUCAGACCCCAGCUGGAGCUGCACCACUGCGGACUCUUGUGUGCUGACAAUUCAGUUUUAUAAUAUACGUAGUCGAUCACAAGCUCACCGCCACCAUGCAUGACGUAUUCGGAGGCAUUCGUACAUUGAUGAAAGUCGAUUCCAUCGACAUCGACAACAAUGUUUUCCGUCUCCAUUACAAGGUCACGAUGUUCAUCUUGGUAGCGUUUAGCUUGUUGAUAACCCAGAAGCAAUACUUUGGUGAUCCCAUCGACUGUCUGGUGGACGGAGUGGAUGCAGAGAUCAUGGAUACCUACUGCUGGAUCCACACCACCUACACCAUCCCAGCUCUGGUGGGUGGUGAGGUGGGCGUGGAGAUCGCCCACCCGGGCGUAGCUCCAGACACCAUCAUAGGACAGGGACAGCAGAAACACGAAGUCAAGCAUCACAAGUACUACCAGUGGGUCACUCUCUUCCUAUACCUGCAGGCCAUUAUGUUCUACAUCCCGCGGUAUUUGUGGAAGAUGUGGGAAGAAGGUAAAGUUAAGAUGUUGGUCGCUCAACUUGACACACCAAUCGUGGACAGCGAAGCCAAGAAAGCUCGCAAGGACCUCUUGGUUAACUACUUCACCCUCAACUUACACUCUCAAAACAUGUACGCCUUCAAGUUCUUUAUCUGCGAGGCUCUGAACUUCGUCAAUAUCAUUGGGCAGAUGUACCUGACCAACAGAUUUCUAGGCUACGAAUUCUCGACCUAUGGUACGCGAGUGAUUAACUUCAGCAAGCAGGAGUUGGGUACCAGACACGACCCCAUGGACGAGGUGUUCCCCAAGGUAGCCAAGUGCACCUUCUACAAGUAUGGUGCCACAGCAUCUCAUGAGAAGUUUGACGGCCUCUGUGUCCUUCCCCUUAACGUUGUCAGCGAGAAGAUCUUCAUUUUCUUGUGGUUCUGGUUCAUCAUAGUGGCUGUGUGCUCAGCACUUGGCGUGGUGUACCGCUUGACCACCUUCGUACCCAUGGUCAGGAAUGUUAUACUGAGAGUACAAGCUCGCCUCAGCGACAGGUCCACUGUUGAAUGCGUCACCCAUAAUUGCCAGAUAGGAGAUUGGUUCCUUCUGUACCAAUUAGGCAAGAACAUGGAUCCACUGAUCUACAAGGAAUUUAUCUUCGAACUGGCCAAUAGUCUUCAAAAGAAUGCCACAUAAAUCUUCAUAAUGGUAUGAGAAAGCAGGUGCAAAAACGCCACGGUCAAGCAGGGAAAAGAUCUCACUAUAGAUGGAAUCGUUUAGAGGAACCGGAUACAGCAGCAGUUCCGGGCUGUAUCAAGACAGGAAAAAAAAGCGUAGUCUAUUCUGCAUAAUGUUAUGGCCCAUAUCCGCCGUGGGCAUUACGUCUGUACAUCUAGUGCGGGAUUAUCCGAGUGUAUGUGGAGGUUCCUCUGUGAGAGAUAUACUAGGAUAAGGGACAGGUCACAGAGCCGGGAUACCUCUCCAGGUGGCAGCCAUGUUAUGUAUAUCUGUGAUGAUAAUAGGGACUCAAAGGUCUAUCAAAAUUUAAUUGUUUUACAAUAGUAUUAUUAGCCUGAUCGUAUGAUGAUAAUAUAUCAUGUAUUUAUUGUAAACUGCGUAAAAGGGAGAUGUUGGAAGACAAACUUGUACUGGGACAACCUGUCACUGCUCUUACAGAGCCAAACAAUGUCUCAGACAACAAUGAAAUGUAAUUAGAUUAAUAAUGACUAGGAUACUUGUAAGUUCAUCGUCAUCAUAAAAUAUACCAUGUGGUGGUUCUUUAUUUUUUAUGAAUGGUGCAUGAAGCCUAGCUGGGGACAGGUAUCUUCACCAGGUGCCAGAUCAACCAGGAUCUGAUGGAUAUGUGGGGCAGUGGGCCACCAGCAGCAACAGCUUGGUUGAGCAGGCAAGCACCAGUCGAGCCUGAUCCAUGGCGAGGCUGCCAGAGUAGAGGAACUCUCAGAACUCAUCAAAGGUAAAGCAAGCGGAUACUUAACAUAUCAUCAAGAGGUUAAGACCCGUAUCAAGGGACACCUUGUUCUUUCCUGACGAACAAACCACCAUGCUGGUUAAUGGAAGUUUAAAGCCUAUCGUCUAUGUGAGUGUCAAUAAUAGAUUUAAUCCCUUUAUAAAAACGUUUCAAAUAAACUUCCAGCGUAUAUAAACUGUGUAUAUAUGUAACCUAAUAUAAUUGUGUUCGUAAAAUUCAAUUGUAUAAAAAAAUCUUCAGUUGGAAUAAAUCUAGGCAGAUGCCUAUUAUGGCUCAGUAGGCCUAGCAUCGUAUUCAUCAAUGUUUAUAUUCUUAUCUUUAAGAUAGUGAAUGUAGUAGUGUUUGAGAGA